UCCGUCCGUCCGGGACAAAAUGUCUGCGAGGAGCGGGGAAGCGAGGGGCGACCAUCGCGGCGUCCGGACACUGCAGAAGGAAUGAAGAAUGAAAAGGCCCUGAAGAUCACCAUGGAAGACAGGUGGCCUGAUGACCCUGCAGAACAGGGAGGCCCCUGUCCUGUGCCCGCGGGGCCAUCAUACUCCGAGGCCUGGGGCUACUUCCAUCUGGACCCGGCUCAGCCUAGGCACCUGAUGAUGAGCGCCUGGGCCACCUGCCGCCUGUGCGGGGAGCAAGUGGGCGGCCUCCCCAGCUUGCAGAUGUGGACGCGGGCGCUGUGGCGGCACCUGAGUGAUGCGCACCUGCGGGAGCUGAAGAAGAGCGCUGCUCCGAGCGCGUCGCUCGCCGCGUCCUGCCCGCCGCCGCCGCCGCCGCCGCCGCCGCCGCCGCCCAGCCCCACCAUGGCUGCCGAGGGCGACUGGGCACGCCUGUUGCAGCAGAUGGGCGCGCUGGCCAUGCGGGGCAGCCGGCGCGAGCUGGAGCUGGAGCGGCGCGAGGCGGCCCUAAAGCAGGCGGAACUCGAGCUGGAGCGCAAGCGCCAGGCUCUGCAGCAGGAGGCCCAGUCCUUGGCGCAGGCGCGCUGCCAGCUACUGGAGGAGCGUGAAGCGCUGAGUGAGUGGAUGAAGAAGCAGAGCUCCAGUCCGAGCUCCAGUGCACAGGUCCCGGCGCCAUCCUCUCCUGUGCUUCCCAAGGAAGACCCGGACACCCACGACGACAACGACGACUGUGAUCCCCAAGGCCCCGCUGUAGCACAACAGCUCCAUGUGUAAACCUAACCAUAGGGUGCAGGCGUGGCAGUGCCCCCAAAUCCAGUAGUCUGGUUCGGGUACACAGGAUGGUCCUUACAGCUACCUCCUAGUAGUGCCUUAGUCCUGAAGGCUUUUUAAGCCAGAAGGUUCUCUAAACACCAAAGACUCAUCACACCACGAGCCUGUCAGGGGAAGGGGCAUGAAAACAAGGAUAAGGUUAUCCAGGAACUCGUUCCACUCCUUUCCAGAUACAUAAUCUUGACCCAGCACCACCAUGUUCAGAAAGGAACCUUGAAUAUCACUGACUCCAUGGCUCCCUGCCUUCAGCAUCUAUAGAACCCACACCGGGCCAGUCCCAAGAGACCCCUUUUCCUGUCCCUCAUGUGGCUAACCCAAGGCAAUGCGCACCCUUUUACUUAAAUCAUCUUUCCCUGGAUCAGACCCAGUGACAGGCGCAUUGUCCCAUUUUCUUGUCUUGCAUCUUGAUACCUUAUCAAGACAUCUGUCCCUAGGGAGAAUAGUUGCUUGCCUCUAUUCUGACCUCCCCCUGAGCCAGAAGAGACACCAGAGGCCACACCGCCCCACUGCCUUAAAGUCAACCCCGGUCUCAUUCCCUUCCCUUCUUCAGCCCAGUUCCUGAAAUGCCUACCCCUGAAAGUCGAGAACUCCUCAUUGUUCACACUUGCCACUUCGCACCCCACCGUGUUUGUCUCAUGUCUUAUUGCAUGCUAAGCUACCACCCAAAAACCAAAUAUGGUUUCCCCCAGCCCUUGACGUUUUUAAGUCCCUCCUUUUGGAGGUGGAACAUGCUUUCCUAAAGUUGUUUGUUUUGUUGAGAUAAGGUCUUUUUUUUUUUAGGUAUAUUAAAUGUAAAUGCCUUAAUAAAAGUUUGGAAGGGCAA